GCUGGCUCCUUCGGCGUUGGGUGACGAAGAGUCGCACAUCCCUCCCAUUUCUUUACCGGAGGCACUGCUUCCCAACUCUACCAAGUCAAGAAAUGUGGAACUCCCAAAUCGGACUGCCCCCUUUCUCCCUCUCAGUUGCUGUCGGCAGUCGCCGAGACAGACUCUGCUCGGUGUGCGAGGUUUAUUUUUAGCAAGCGUCUGGGAAACUACCGUACGUGAUUUUCCAAGUUCACUUAAAGUGCGUAACUUAAUAGCUAGAUAGGAAAAACAAGAAGCUGACUGACCGUUUUUAUUAUUCCGGUUGUUUUUUUUUUUUAAAUAAAGACGUUUCGACGUGGCAUGCCCAAGUGCCCGUUGCUAAAUCUAACUUCACACAAAUAAACUUCAUAUAGAUGGCCGUUUUCACUUGCAUAGCUGGGCGGAUUUGACGAGGAAGUGGCAGUUCCAGAGACGGAUUUAUUUUAUCAUCAUCCAGCGACAUAGCCCCUUAAUGAAACAGAGGCGGGCGUAAUCUUGCAGUUUGCACCGGGGACUACUCCCUCGGAUUAACGCCUGAAUCGAGGAUGGAGAGGUUGUCUCGCUAACUCUUUACUUCGGGACGGGAGAGCGGAGAUCUCUGGGUGUGCGUGGCGGAGCGGGACUCUCCCGUGUUCGGCCUGUGUGAACCUCAGCUCCAGGUAAAAUGGGGUGCGGGUUGAGGAAAUUGGAAGAUCCCGAAGACAGCAGUCCCGGUAAAAUCUACUCCACCCUUAAGAGACCGCAGGUGGAGACCAAGACCGACACAGUGUACGAGUAUGUUCUGCUGGACUUCAGUUUGGAAGGCAGUCGACCCACGGUGCAGUGUCUCUCCUCCCUGUGUGACCUCCCCCAGGCCCUGCAGCCCUACUACACGCAGGGCUACGUCCUGGUGACGCUGCAUCCCAUAAUCCUCUCUGUGGGGCGGACCCGGGCGCUGCCCUUCAGCCUGCUGUACCGCGCCAUCCUGGCCCGCCCUCGUCCCAGUAAGCAGGUGGUGCCGAUGUGUCACAACGUCCCCGUGCUGAGGGUGGAGGAGUGGCCCCUGCCUGGAGACUCGCUGACCAGCGACACUGUGAGAGCACUCAUCGACAGGGUGAACAGCCGUGCUCGUGGGGGCGUGCGGUUCGUGGGCUCGGUCCUCCAGCCUCUGGGCGGGGGGGCCCACAGCUGUAACGGGCGGGGCCACAGCCCCAGGAGGGGGUGUCGGUCACCCCCCAGGACCCCCCCCAGGACUCCGCCCCGGACCCCGCCCGGAGACAGGGACCCCGAGGAGACGGGCUACAGCCCUGACCUGGUGCUCCUGGUGCUCUUCCACUCCUGGGCCCCGGGCUGCGCCCCCCUGGAGUCCCUGACCUGCUGCUACCACCAGGGGGCGCUGUCCAUGCGCGUGUCCCGCAAGGGCCAGGUGGUCAGCGCGCUGGAAGCCGAUUGGCUGGAGCUCACCGCCUCCUACUACCGGAAGGGCUGGUCAUUGGUCGACUCCUUCGUGUACUGGGACACGCCCAAAGGGGAACCCGUGCCCAGAUCUCUGGAGGGCCUGUUUGUGUACGAGGAGCGGAGCCCCGCGCCCCCAGCCAACGACACCAUCGUGGUGGAGCAGUGGACUGUCAUUGAGGGCUCAGACGUGAAGACGGACUACGGGCCACUCCUGCACACGCUGGCCGAGUUCGGCUGGCUGCUCACCUGCGUGCUCCCCACACCCAUCAUCCGACACGACAGUGAGGGUAACUUGGCCACCAAGCAGGUGGUGUUCCUGCAGAGGCCGGUCAGAGGGGAAGCGAGGUCGCAGCGGAGCCAGACGGGGGCGGCAGCGUUGCGCGGCGAGGUGACUGGUCGCUCAGUGAGCCGGGGGGUGGGCGUGGCCCCCGGGCCCUCGGAGGACCUGGCGGCGUGCGCGGGGGGGAUAGGGGGCUUCCCCGUGUUCGGAGGGGGGUACUCCAGCGCCAUGUCCCACCUGGAGGACGGGGGCUUCGAGCAGGACGACGGGGCCGCUGAGGUCACCUGUAUGUGACCUCCGUUGUCACGGAAACGCACACCUCCAUUUCCCCUGUCUCCUCCCCAGACCUGGGCCAAAUACAAAAAUGUAAAAUGGAUUCAAAUACUUUUCUACACUUUCAACACACCGAGUGUAUCUGGUGUGGUAGAACCUAUGAAAUACUCUCAAAAGGUGCAAACCCUGCCUUCUGGUCCUCUCCGUUGGUGCAGCAAGUCGAGUAUUUUAAUCCAAAACAGUCACGUAAUUGACCCAGGUCUGCUUCUCCCCGACAGAGAACGUAGAUUAGACCCAGAACUCUCUGCACUUUUGUUCAUUUCUAAAGCCAUACUGUACUUACUUACCCAAGAGAAAGGGCAAAGAAAGGCCUUCUCCGUUGAUAUAAUACCUUUAUACGUUUGUCAGGAGGACCCUGCUAACACACACCCCUCCCACAGCACUCUUUUGGUCUGGAAAAAGCUCCAUGCUGAGGCAGACUGGGGCAUGUGCACCUCGUACUAUACCACUGACACACACUUAAUACACCGUGAUCUGUCCCUGUACUGAUCUGUACUAUCUGUACUCUGUACUAGAUCUGUUAGCGUUGUGAGCUCCAGAAGAGAAUGAUACACAUCUACAGUACUGUGCAAAAUUCUUGGCACCGUAGAUUAAAAAAUAUAUACAUUUGGUCUCUUAUUUUCCUUUCUUUUCUUUUUUCAUGUAUUACAGUGUCAGUAGAAAAGAGCAAAUUUUAGAUUUUUUUUCCAAACAACUGAAUGUUACAGCGAUCUUUUUGCAUUUUGUUAAAGUAACAUAUUAAGUAAUGGACCACUUUUUAGAUAAAAACUUGAUCGAGGCUAGAGAGGCAGAAGCAAGGAAGACAGUGGCCAGUUCUCCAGUGUUCGGUACGGCUUAGCAGCUGAUUGUCUUUUAUAAAACUGCAGGACAGACAGUGUGCCUAAGAGAAGUGAUGCCGUUCUAAAGGCAAAGGGUGGUCAACAAUAAAUAUUGACUUGUUUUAUUUUUUAACCGCUAACUGUUGUUUAUAUGAAAUAUUUCUAUAUUUAUAACUGCUAAUUUCAUUAUUUGUUUUAAGCAUCUUUACAGAAUUUAUGUACAUGUGCCUAAGACUUCUGCACAGUCCGAUAUGUUGUGAUGGUGGUGGGGGGUAAAGGGUUUAGGCAUUACGGGGGUGACCAGGACGGCAACAUACACUGACUGCACCUUGAAGCACAACAUCAGUGGUAUCCCUCAGUUUGGUUGGUUUGUUUUUGUUUUUUACACCUUGUAUUUGUUUUGGCGGUUAAUGUUCUCAGUCCCCACAGCCUGCGUCUCACAUUUUUGGUUUUCUCACCAGGGCUGACUCCGAGGGAGAUUUAUUUUUCAAUACAAACGAGCACAUCUGCUCUGACGAGCACCUUAUCACUCCCGUGAACACUCUUGUGCCGACUCGUAGAUCAAACAAGGGUAACUCUCACGUUACACACCGCGCGCUUCACACAGACGUUUCCACAGACGUUUAUAUUAAACAGAGGUUACACUGUUCCUAAAAGGGUUAUCUCACGUUUUCCACAACCCACCGUGGUUGUACACACGUUUAGAAGUCUAUACAUAGGAAUUCAGAAAAUACCCACAAUGCACCACAGGCGGACUCAUUCCUACAAUUUCUUUUCUCACUGGAGCAUCGCAGAACUGAAGCAAUUUUCUUCUGACACAAAAUUUUCGGCUAAUCUCCGUAAAUCGUCUCCGUAAAAAGCGUAUUUGUGCAACCCAUUUCUGAAUCGUUAGAAUCAAUGCAGUGGCAUCUAUAAGUGUUGUUUUCCGUUGUGUUUUGACCGUUUGUGUGUUGCUGACGAGCAGAGUACUGCGAGGAAGAGAUUGCUGUGCAAUAGUGUCCUCUUCUUCACACAAGUGUUUGAGUCACAGGUGUCUCUUGUACAAGACGUCUCUGUUAAUAAGUUCCGUUUUUUUAGUUUUUUUUUAAAAGGGAAUUUUUAAAAUUCAAAAGACUUUGAAAAUAUUACUCAAUUUUGACACAUUGCUGCAAAGUUGACGCUUUUACCCUUUUCCAGUGCCCUUUUAUGCAUAUCAUAGAUAUAAGCCAAGUGUAUUUGUAGAGGUUUCUUUUUAUAUAAUAAACCAGUCAUGGAAACGUUUUAAAAGGCCUAACAAAUCAGUAUUAAUGAACUGACGCAGUAUUGUCACAGGUGUAUUUUCUGCUUUUUGCCGGUGUUAAUAUCUCAUUUUUUAAAUAAAGGUUCUUCCCAUUCA